UUUAGAUCAAAUUUUGCUGGUCCUACACGCGGCCCACCUGAAUCCUAAUUCCGCUAACUAAAAUAUGCGUUGGUCAUUCAACAAGCAAAGCACCAAAUAGAUUUAUAGGCUAAAAGUAUUGAAAAGCCCAAGCACGAGCCCCCAUUACUCUCAUCUUCUUCCACUUCCUCCAAUUCCAUACAGUUCAUACUAAAAUCGCAAAUUAUUCAUCAAUCAUAACCUCUCUCUACUCCAAAAAGGCCGUUCAAACCCUAACUGGAACUUUCUUUUUCCUAUUUGACUGAUUCACAUUUUCCCUCUAUAUGAUGCUUUCCCUCCUCCAGCACUCAAAGCAGUUUUCCCAUUUCUCAUUAUAUAUCCAUUUAUCUUGAAUUUUGGAGAUGAAAUGGGAGAUGGAGGUUGAUGAAAUUGAAGUCGUGCUUGAGAAAAUUUGGGAUCUGCACGAUAAGCUCAGCGACGCCAUACACUCGAUUUCUCGUGCUCAUUUUUUGAAUUCCGUGAAGAACAGGAAAUCCGGCGAGAUUUAUUUUCCCAGGAAGAAAAAAUCCGGGGACGAUGACUUGGAGAACAAGAUCGGGCCGGGUUUUGUGUUCGUGAAGGAGUACCGGGCUGACGAGGAUGAGCCGGCGGUUCAGGAGACGAAGAGCUUGUACGCCAUCCGCACCGCGCUUGAGAAUCUGGAGGACCAGCUGGAGUUUCUCCAUACCGUGCAAACUCAGCAACGAGCAGAGAGAGAAGCUGCAGUUGCCCGUCUAGAGCAGAGUCGCAUAAUCCUUGCAAUGCGGUUGGCUGAACAUCAGGGGAAGAACUACAAAGUCAUUGAAGAAGCUCUUGCUUUAAUAGGCGAUGUACGAGACGCCAGCCGAGUUUUUUCUCCCGAAAAUCUGUAUGGAUCGACCCCUUGUCCUUCGGGCCAGAGUUUUGGCCCACAGAAAGGGAAGAACCCAAAUGCUCUUUUCAAUUCCUUCAUUUCGGGCUUUACUUUUGUUUCCAAGUCCCUUAAAUUGGAUCAUGCUGUUGGGAUCAUGGGGAAUGCCGCCUUAUUUGCUAUCAGCAUGCUCGCGUUUAUGCAUUUGAAUCAAGUUGGCUGUAAGGAAAAACACACGUUAGAGGGUUUUAGCCGAGAAAGCAAGAAAGUUUCUAUUGAUCGUUUAGAGUGCUUGGAUGUUAUGCUUGCGAGGGGUUAAAAAUGGGGCGUUUUUGUUUGCGCAGUUGAUUUUCGGUGUUGGUUUUUAUAGAAAAAUGGAAAUCUGAUGAUGAAUGGAGCGUUUAAUUUUGAGAAACUGAUGGAGGAAAUUCUUCCCUAUGUUGGUGUAAGAUGAGAGAUGUAUGGGUGUGUGGUUUCUGUUAGUCUUAGGUGAGUGUCAAAUUUUCAAGUUCUCUCCCUUUUGUUAAUUCCAAUUUUCUCAGUUUUUCUGCGUUGGAAGGGAGAUGGUGAUGAGCUUUCGUGAUGUAGAUGGACUUGAUUUUGUAUAUAGCUCUUGGACCUGGUUUUUGUACUUUAUAUCAGUUCAAAUGGGCCUCAUUUAAAUUUGAUGGAAAAAACAUUGCUUGUGCA